CUAACGUCGGUGUAGAAGAAACAGAAAGAUCUCUUCUCCAUUAAGAGAUUUAUUGUAGUCGUCGCGGAUCUAGUGGUCAUGUGAUGAUCUAAGUGUUAUUUUACUUUUUUGCUUUUCAAGAACUUUCCACCUGGCAAGAAGAGAAAAAAAGUCAUCACAUCGCAUGAAGUUCACAUAAGAAAGUGUAUGCAUAGCGGAAGAAAUCGUCUCCGGUUUGGAACGCCAGACGCAUUCUCUCAGCACUCGGUCUGUCUCCACAACACAGAUACAUCAUAAUCAAGAUGGCGUCGUCAAUGUCCAGGUUGGUUGUGUCUUUGCUUGGUGCCUCUUACGGCAUGCAGGGAGCGCAUGCGGACCACGGAAAAACGAGCUUCGACAGCGUUACUUUCGGACGAAUGGUUCUCGAUAACAAGGAAUGGGCCCACAAGAGCGUUGUGCUCUUAAAGAAGAAAUACGGGUAUCUUAAUCGACAUCUUGCUUGUCCCUUUUCUGACUCCUUACAGAAAAAAGUUCUGCUUUUCUGUAAGCAUGGUUGUGUAAUUACAAGUGAUAUCGCUUUUUAUGGUCGUGGUGAUACAUCUUCGUCUACUUUCUUACGAAAUGAAAAAUCCGUGAAGGUACGACUCGCAGGAUCUGAUUGAGCAAACAGUAGAGGGGCUCCGUUUUAGCCAGGACACCAUUGCCUUCGAUGUCGAGCUUGAUCUAGAACCACCGCGCGAUGAUGACGUUGGCGAGGACGAUUAAGGCUCUUUCUUAUUGUGUACUCGUUCUGGUUCUCGUGGUCUGAAAGAGUGAAAAACGAAACAAGUCAGCCGAAAGCGCAAGUUGUGUCAUCAUGCGUCACUAUUUCUGUGCACUCGACGUACUCGUUAGUAGUUGUCUGUGCCGCAAAAGCGGACCUUGUAGAUACUCUGAGGAAAAGACAAAUAGGUGUUCUAUGUCUAUGUGUUCUGUGUCUAUGGCGGAUCCGUUCUCUCAUCUAAGGUCAGCCCAGCGAGUGGCAGAUUAAGGACAAGAAGGGCAAGGCGAAUGAUAAGGCCCUGGCCGAUAGACUAGGGAUUUCGAGCGAGGCAGAACUGCCCUUGCUUCUUGUGAUUGAUGGUCAACAGAAAGUGGACCAAAGAAUCUCUGCGGCAAAGAAGCUCAAGAUUCUUGAUUAUGGAGUCAUUGAUCGUUUAGUAGUUGGAAGUGGACCUGGACACUGUGUGAGUGUGUGUAAUAAUGAUGAUCUACUACGUGAAGAUCGCCAGGAACGCCUUAGCUUGUGUGCAGGCAAGUAUAAAUGAGUAGCGCUUCUUUCGGUAACAAAUAAUGCAUUGAUUUUUAUGAUCGGGAGUAUGUGCUGUAAUUCCAGACUCUGAUCUCAUCAUCACUCGACUUCCCCGACCGUGACACUCUAAGAGAAGAAGAAAAGCAGCUACAGCGAAGAAGAAUCGGAGCCUGUGAACGAGGAUGAGCACACUAGUUUCCAAGACGUGACUGAUUUUCUCCGUGAGAAUGGCAUUAAUUUGGCCGGCCCGAAGCAAGAGCUCGGUUUGGUAAAAUUAGAUUACUUGUUCUUCCUUUGUUUCCUGUUCCUCUAAAACUAGAAUUGUUCAGGAACUACAAGUCAACGAUCAAAACAUUUUUCUCAUAUUCCUGAUCAUGCGAAUUAUAGAGUAGCUUUCCUCUCCUCGACAUCUCUCCCUAGGUUAUGAUAUUCCUCGCCCAUCAAUCUGGGUGGACACGAAAGUCGAAAAGUGUCACUUAUUUAUAUUGAAUAUCAACAACAUUUUCUCUUUCUUCUUAACAGGCUCCGGAGGAGAAAACGCUCAUUACCGAAUUUGCGAAGGCGGAAACAAGUGCGUUGCAGGAUAUCGUCCAGAAAAUGGAGGCGCUCGACAACAUUGGAUCCACGAGUGAGAUGCUGGUAAGGGUGAUGAAGAGUGCAGCCAAGUUCGGAUCGGUAUCGGGUUACAUUUACGCUCAUGUGCAGAAUCUGUCAUUGAAUAGAAUUAGUGAAGAUAAUGUAGUAAGUUUGAUAUUGCAUGCUGAUACUGAAUCGGUAGAUACUGCUUGUGCAUGUGCUUGGUUACUCACUGUGGUCUGACAUCUCAAGUAGCUUCUUAUAAAGCGGUCGUCACUUACAUGAAACACUUGGUCCAGUGCCUCUAGUUUGUUCAACAUUACUUAGAACUGCUUAAAACCAACUUUGUGUAUGACUGCUCGAGGAGACGUAUGCCUAUGUAUGCCUAGAACCAAGUGGCAUCGCUUCUAAUUUACCGAGAAAGAGGAGAAGCGCGUGGGGAACAUGAUUGCCUCGAAAGCGCUUACGCAGUCCAAAAAAGAGGAAAUGAUGUUGAAAAAACGUUUGCUCUUGGAAAUCGCAGAUGCGGCGAAAGCGCCAGAAGCACAGGCUUCAGACAAGGAUGGAGAAGAUGUGGAAGAAGAGUUGUAAAAUAUUGAGUAGGUCGUGAUCCAGAAAUAGAAUGGUCCUGACGGUGAUGGGGGGCACGAGUAACUGGAUCUUCUUUCUUAGGGCUUAUUCAUCUGGAAGGUGUCGAAAAAAAACUUAGUGACACUGACACUACACACGUCGGCACUACCACUACGGCACUGCCACUACGUAUAGGUAGCGCGGCGUAAAGUUUAAGCUAUGUUGAUGAAUCAUACUUGCAUGAAAAACAUCUGUCUAUUUUCCAAUCUGGUAACAGUAGUACGCGUAGCCUAGGGCUUCGAUCUGCGAUCGUAAAUCAGAGAACAAAAAUGACAUACCGCACAGAUAACAUCCAAGAAGAUGGUCAUUGCCUUUGUCGAUGAUUUUAUAUCUGCGAUUUGCUUUUCCCACUCAUCUUUACUCUUUUCUUGAGCCAAGAGCUUCAUACGUUGAUGAUGUAACCUCCCCUACAACAUGGAGCUCGUAGCUAUUACUUCGCUUGAGGUCAAGAACGACUUCGGGCGCCCCUCCCCGCAAAGACUGUGAUUUCUGUUCGUUGCAUCCCUGUGUCUACCUCAACAUCCAAUACAUGGACUCAAAAUUGCGUAGGCAGAUAAUUCAUGAGGCAUGAAGUUAUUUCACCAGCAAUGCGUCACAAACCUGACUCUUCACAAUCAGCAAGUGCAACGCCAGUAGGCGAUGAGGCCGGCAGAAUAAAAGGGCAAGGCGCGGCGUCAGGAUCCUUUCUGAGAUAAAGAGCUGC